AUGCUGUUGGAUGAAACAGAACAGCUUAACAUGGAAGAGAUCCUUACAAAAACUCAGCUGUCAAUCGUCCUCGGUGGGCAAGCUAAGGGCCAUAUAAAUACGGUCCGAAACCGCCCAGUAACCAUCAUUCAGCGGCUUAACGUUCUUACAACUAGUAGCAAACGGCAAACCAACCAAACUUUACAUCCAGCAAAAAUGUUCAAGAUCAUUGCACUGACCGUCGCCUGUCUGGCUGUGGCCGCAUCGGCCCAGUACUGGGGUGAAGCUGGAUUCGGAUAUGGUGCGGAGCAGCAUCAUGGCCAUCAUGACUACUAUUCGCAUCCGAGCUACAAGUUCGAGUAUGGCGUAAAGGACCCGCACACCGGCGAUCACAAGAGCCAGUGGGAACAUCGGGACGGCGAUGUCGUCAAGGGAGCGUACACGCUGCACGAAGCUGACGGUACGGAGCGUGUGGUUGAGUACACGUCCGACAAGCACCACGGGUUUCAGGCUCACGUGAAGCGCGUGGGGCAUGCCUAUCACCCGCAGGUGUACGGACAUCACGGUGGGUACAAUGGAGGAUAUGGACAUGGUUCGGGCUACAGCUACAGCAAGCUGGACCAGCACUUCUGAACUGUUGGAGUUCGAACGGACGGUACCACAGUAUCAAAGUGAUAAGUGAUCAGGGUAUAAGUUUGCUAAAUAAAUGUUUUGUUGAA